AUGUCUCAACCCCGACGACCGUUCAAGGAAGUGGAGAAGUCCCGCCCUGACUUUGACCACGCUGCCCAAUUCACCGUAACAAAAACUCGAUCGCCGUCUUGGAACUGGGGCACCGGCGCAACCGACGGGGGCGCCUGUCUCGACAAGCAACACGUCGAGGUCGAUCCCAAUGAGCCAGGACGACCGGCACACAACAACUACAAACUCUUGAUCUCUGCCAUCGUGCCGCGCCCGAUCGGGUUCAUCGGAACUCGCAACGUGGACGGCAACACACAGAAUCUGGCGCCGUUCAGUUUCACACAGGUGGUGAACCAUGAUCCGCCGGUUUUUGUUAUAGGAUUCGCCGGUUCCAAUGACAAGGACACGCUGCGAAACCUCAAGGCCACGGGCGAGUGCGUCAUCAACAUCAUCAGCGAGAAUUUCGUCGAGGCGGCCAACGCGGCCUCGAUCGACACGCCCUACGGCCUGAGCGAAUGGGACGUCUCCGGUCUGACCCCGGCCCCGUGCAAGGACGUCAACGUGUCCCGAGUCAAGGAGAGCGUCUUCAGUGUCGAGGGCAAGCUCCUCGAGGUCAAGGAUUUCGAGAGCCGCGUCCACAAAGGCGUCAAGUCCGGGUCCAUGGCCAUCAUUGAGGGUGUGCGGUUCUGGAUUCGCGAAGACGCAUAUGAUCAGCAGCAGGGGACCAUUGACCCCGCGGUGUUGCGACCGGUGUAUCGCCUUGGGGGCAUCUCUUACGGUCGAGUAACGCAGGCCUUUGAACUUCCUCGGUUCAAAUAUGAAGAGAAGAAGUCUGAACUUCCGAAGAUGUAG